GCUACACGUAACACCAACAAUUCCUGAUUUAAUGACUCCAAAUAUGUUCAUAAAUUUAUAUGUUUUAUUUUAUCUUUUUAACCAUUUUAGAACGUAACUGUUUCGACACUGAACGACAGCUCCCUUUGCCUCUAGCACAUUUGUUCGAUUUUCAAACACCUCGUGUGUGCUAUAUAUUUUAGUAUUUAAAUUUUUAAUGUUAAAAAAAAAGACUUUUUAAUACUUGAGCACAACACAAAUUGGGUAUUUUUAACAGUUUUUGAAUUUUUAUUUGUGCGUACAAAGAUAGUUGCAAAUAAAGAGUGGGCGUGGCGUAGGACAGGUGAGCCGUCUAAUCCGGAAGUAAGCGACACAUCUCAGCGUUGUUGUGUUUGUUUCGUGUAAACUAAAAAAAAGGACACCGCCUGCAGUUUACUGUGCAGACAAACAAAGGUAGGAAACGUUUACACGGAGCUUUACGUUACUGAAGUUGACACAUGGACACACAUCUCUCAACUCGGAUGCCAGAGAGGGGCGGAUACCAGCCGAGGAGUGAUGCGUACGCGGAUUACAAGAGCAGGGACAAGCGUUCGCCUCACAGCGCGGAGCACUUCGAAAAGCAUCACGGCAGAGGUCGCGAAGAAAAGCCCAGAGUCGCUGACGGGAGAGCCUCUGCUGGUGACAGCAGGCCCAGACAAAGGGACAUGACAAGUACCUCUCAGCCUGCAUUCAGAGACCACCACCAACAAGGACCCUCAAGACCGUAUGGAGAGUCUUCAGUGUAUUACUCUGAGGAUGAUUAUCACGAGCGGCAACCCAGAGAAGCUCUUUACAAUCUCCGAUACGUCCUCACCAGUCGAGGCCUUUGCCAGCUGAUGGAGGUGUUUGUCAAUCUUCUGAUCAUCAUCUGCGCCGGCGUGCCUCACAGCAACAAUGGCGGCUAUCGCGACCUGGCCAGCCUGGGCGGCAUCUACCACUACCACUUCGGGGGAGCCGGCGCCUUCCAAGGUGCCGAAGCGGAACGUGUGAAGGAACUGGACCAGUUGUUCCAUGAGCUCAAGAGGCCUCCGUACGCCUUCGCCAUGGCGUGCGCCGGGAUAGUCAUGAUCUACGCCCUGGCUAUGUUCGCCCUGGGUAUUUUCCGAGUGCCUUACCGCUACCCGCCCGUGCUGCUGGGAGAAGCUCUGGUCAACCUGCUGGUUGGCUUGGGCUACGUCGCCGCAUUGGCCUUCUUCUUCAUCAAAUUGCAGGAAAACUACAACAACUCCAUCUGCCAGGAGAGGGAGCGCAUGUACAAGAGCAAAGGUCACAAGGGCUUCGAGUGCCAGUUUCACGGCGCAGACAUUGCCGGAGGCCUCUUCGGCGUGCUGGGCAUCUUUGUGUUCAUUUUCGGGGCCGUGUUGGCCGUCAGAGCUUUCCGCUCCGUGCGGGAGAUGAAGAAGCAACAGACCAAUCAGGAUGACCGCUUUUGAGGAUGGUUAGAGCGAAAGAUAGACUGUUAAGGUAUCAACAUUAGAGUCGCACUGCUUUCAUUGAAUCUGUGAACCUUUUAUACACUUUGAACUUCUGUCUAAAGUGUUUCCCCUGCUAUUCGCAGUAGAUAGGCCAAGCUCUGCCGCAAAAAAAGUGAGGUACUAUGUCACCUUUUUUUUUUCCCCCCCCCCAAUUGCUUUAGGAUAAUUUAGCAUUGCUGAAUCCGAAAAUGACAUCUGAUUCUCUUGCUCAGGUCAGGUUUUUAUGCCAAGUUGUUAACAGUUUAUUCAUCAAAUGUGACAAACCUCGCUUACUGUAAAUUACCUCCUCAACUCACGUCAACAUAGUCCCUUGCCACCGAGAUGCCAGACAAAAAUACUUUUAUAAGAAACAGAGCUUUGGCCUGAGCGCAGUAGCGAAUAUGCAGGGCAACACUGUACUGUGUCAUUAUUAGUUUUGUCUUUUCUAUUUGCAUUUUCAUGUUGUUUACAUACAUGUAUUGUCUGUUUCUUCAUAUAUAGUAAACUACUAUGAACCUAUA